AUGUUCGUCGCAGCUAACGACCAUGAAAACUACAUCAUGUCCCCCCAUGGCACCCCGUCCGGCCAGCGGUUCGACGCCUCGUGCUUCGAUUCGACCGCCAUUCAGUUCGAUCAGUAUGGCAACCAGAUCAACGGCAUGAUGGCCAAGAGCCAGCCGGCCUACGGCAGUAACAUGGGAGGCAACAAGGAUUUUGAACUUUUCGGCCCUGACAGUGCUCUCUCGACGCCCUCGUUCAUGAACUUUAGCGACGCUCCCAACACCCCCCAGGGCUGGAUCUCUGAGGGCGAGUCCUCAAGCUCGAGGCGCUCAUCGCGGAGAAUCAGCAACGGUAUCAUGGACAGGGUCAGCAAGUUCGAGACAAUGGGCAUUGAACAGAUGUCAAGACCUAUGACACCACCCACGCAGAAUGCAACAAAUUACUUUCCCCCUACUCCUAUGGAGACGCCCCAUGAUCGGGCCAUCAAGCAUGAGCCGAUGUCAGCAAGACCGAGCCGCUUCGCCGAGGGCUACGACGAGUCCAUGGAAGAGACACUGAAGCCCACGAGGAGGUCGAACCAGAGGACGCAGAACAUCUUCGAGGAGAUGCGAAGACAGUCCGAGCAGAACAGCAUGCCAGAGCCUCAACAACCCCCUCAGGUGUCCGACGGCGGCAUGUACGGUCAGUCCUUGCCCACGGCGGACUUCAUGAACAUGAACAACUUCAACUCCGAGUUCAUGAAGAUCCAGGGCACCUACGAUGGCAUCGAUGGCAUCACCGAUGACUUCAACACCUCUGACCUGUCUGCGCAAUCGACUCCUCACACGCCUCUCAUGAACUUCCACGCUGCAUUCGACAACCGGCCCGAUCUGCGUCAUCCGAACAUGGAUAUUUCAUCUGUUUCCCCAUCUCAUUCAUUCGACAUGUCCCGCCGCUCGUCACCACACCGCCGUACUGAAUCUCUUGCCAGCAUCGCCAGCGCAGCAAGCAUCGCGAGCAUCAAUAUCGAGGAAACCAAGACCGACACUGGCGUCACCAUUGAAGAGAUCUCCAACUACAUUCAAGGACCCGACCCCAGCGACGGCAAGUGGACCUGCGCGUACGAGGACUGCGGCAAGAAAUUCGGUCGCAAGGAAAACAUCAAGUCCCACGUCCAGACCCAUCUCAACGACCGACAGUACCAGUGCCCUACCUGCAAGAAGUGCUUCGUUCGCCAGCACGACCUGAAGCGCCACGCCAAGAUUCACACCGGUAUCAAGCCCUACCCCUGCGAGUGCGGCAACAGCUUCGCCCGCCACGAUGCCCUCACCCGUCAUCGCCAACGCGGCAUGUGCAUCGGGGCGUUCGACGGCAUCGUGAAGAAGGUUGUCAAGCGUGGUCGUCCCCGCAAGCACCGCCCCGAAAUGGACGAGCGCACCAACAAGUCCGCCCGCACCAGGACCAAGAACAAGUCCUCGGCCUCGAGCUCGUCGCAGUCCGGAUACUCGGACAGCUCUGCGGUCAACUCCCCAGAGAACGACUUCAAUAUGAUGGACGAGCAGUUCGAGAUGGGCGGCAUCAGCAUCGAGCGUCCUGGGAUCGACAUGCCACUCCAGAUCACGACGGUGUCCUCUGCUCCUAUGCCGUCAUCACCGCCGCGCAUUCACAGGGAAUUGGACAUCGAGCCGUCGCCCGCCGCGAGCCAUCACUCGGGCUACGUAUCCCCGGAGGCUCUGAUGGAGGGGCCAACUUCGUUGCCCCAGCAACCAGAGUCCCCAGCCAAGAGCGAGUACAACACGCCGCCGGAACUUUCCCAAUCAUCAUCGCCCCCGCCAAACCAGUUCUUCGACGCCGAGCCAAACGCCUCCGGUUUCAGUGACGACUCGUUGCUUGCUGGAAUGAGAGGCAACACCGGCACUGUCGGCAACACCAGCAUCUCCAGCCUCGGCCUGGGCGACCCCGACGAGGAACUGCUCAUGAAGGCAUUCACGACCGAGGAGGGUCUCGUCCAAUUCGACCGCGACUCCAACAUGCUCAUGAUGAGCAAGUUUGACGAAGAAUUCGACGACGCCGUCAACAUGUUUACUAACAACGACGACGUCUUCUUCGGCAGCUCAUGA